AUGUCGGCCUCUGAUGACCUGAUCAACUUUGACGUGAUUGAGACGCAGAAAGAAAAUAUUCAGUCUUUGCCUGGCGGAAGGUCUGCGAAGGCCCUGGUACAGAUAUUUUCAGCAGGAAAAAGCGGCGAUAAAUAUAAUUCACCAUCACCAAACGAGACUAGGACCUUAAACGAUGCAAUUCGACAAGAAUACGAGGCCGAAUUGGAAGCCAGCGCCGACUCAGACGAUCCCCUUGAUGUAUACGACCGAUAUGUCAAAUGGACUUUGAAUGCAUAUCCAUCAUCCCAGGCCACCGCCGAAUCUGGGCUUCUACCCUUACUAGAGCGAGCUACGAAGGCUUUCCUCAACUCCGCACAUUAUAGGAACGACCCUCGGUACCUGCGAUUAUGGCUUCAAUAUAUUAGAUUAUUUUCAGACGCACCACGUGAAACAUUCUCGUUUCUAGCACGCCAUCAUGUCGGAGAGGGUCUAGCGCUCUUCUAUGAAGAAUUCGCCAGCUGGCUUGAAGGUGCCGGACGAUGGACUCAAGCGGAGGAAGUCUAUAGACUUGGUAUAGAGCGCGAGGCACGUCCUCAGGAACGUCUACUGCGAAGAUUCGGCGAAUUUCAGGCACGAUUCGAACAACAGCCACAGGGUGGUGACGGACCAUCUUCUCCCGCUCUUCCAACUGUCCGCCCAGCCCUGGCAGCAAAAGUUGAUCCAUUCGCUACUGCACGGACUGAUCCCCAAGCACCGCAACCUAGAGGUGUGGGGGGGCGAACAACAACUAAAUCAGGAAAACAAAAACUCGCUAUAUUUUCCGACUCCGACAACCCGGAUUCGAGUCAGCCGCCAACGAGUAGCUUGUCAAAAGGGUGGGAUAACAUUGGAUCCCUGCGAGACAGACGCAAGGAAAACGAGGUCGAGGCAAAGCCUUGGGCCGGUGAAAUAUUGAAGUCGGAAAAGAAGCAGGUUCCGGUCCAGAAAAUGACCGUAUUCAGGGAUGAGUCGAACUCAAAUGCACAAAUUCAAUCAAAUGCCCAACCCUCACGAUCUGAUACCCCCGAACAUCACGUAAGAGAGGCCAUAAAUCCUCGCACUGGUAGGAAAGAGCGUGUUUUUGUGGAUUUACAAGCUGUGUAUCCGGAUUACAAGAACCCAAACUUCGAGGUUUGUUUCGAAGAGCUUCGCGCUGCUAGCCGCGGAUGGUUGGACAAGGACUGGGCGAACCCUAAAAAGCCCCUUAAAGAAAUUCCUACCAACUCUGCUGGACGGGUUUCUUCAUCGGAGGGAAUUGAGAACUUGGACCGCUCACUCGUUCAAGAUGUAAAGCAAAAACUCUUUCUAGAGGAGGGAUCACCACAUGAUGAGCGUCGUGAAAGGCGACUAUCAAAAGUCAAGAAGAUCAAAGUUCGAGAGAUUGGGGAGACGCAGACUAUAAAAACAAAUCUGGACUCUCCGACUGGACCGAGGAUAAAGCGAAAAAACAACUCUGAGCCAACGAUGACAUUCCACACGCGAGCUGCUACAGACGAAAUAUAUAGUAUCUUUAAUCAACCGUUGAAGACCGAGACUGAAAAUGCAGAACACGGCGAUAGCUUUCUGGACAGUGAAUAUGAGGACGACGAUUAUACUAGCGGCGGAGAAAGUACCGGCACUGGGAGGAUAUCGGCAGGGCACAGCGAGUUCGGAGAUGAUGAGACUAGGGUCAAUGACGAUGAACAAAUUGAUGACGAUAGUGAACACGAUGGUGAAUGGACAGAAUUCACUGCUAGCAAACAUAUUCCGAAUGUCUCUGCUGCAGAAUACGACGAAGAUGAAAAUAAUUUGGACUCUAACCCUAGGACACGAGAUCUCACGAAUAACAAGUACAUUCUAGAAGAACCUGACGAUUAUAAUCCUCCUAUUGGACCUUAUCGAGAUGCUGCAAUAAUGGCACAGAAUCGACUUCCUUUCAUGACACCUAUCAUUGAGAAAACCGAGUCUUCGUUGCCUUCCUUUACUGCCGCAAGGAGCCGUCACUAUGAUUAUAAAACGCCUUGCAAAACUGUUCCCGAAGUUGAGCUUACACCUUCCGGCAUCCCGGUGGGAGAUCUGUUGCUUAAUAGUCCAGAUGCAGACGCAGUGACCGUCAAUCUCGAAGACGCGCAGUCUCCUAGUCUAGGCGUGAAGACAUUAAGACGAACCCCUGUCAAGCAUGUGCCACCAUUUUCCAUCACCGAUGCCAAUUGCAUCAUCAAGGACUCUCAAUGUGAUCCGAGUGACAGAGCGAUUCGCAAUAAGAUUCUCAAAAUGAUUGAACCGCCGCUUGCAACCUUCACUGGAUACCAUGAUCAUUCGUCCAUCUUCGGGGCACAUGCUGGGGAUAUUCUUAAGUACUCUAAAUCGGCCAAAAAGCUGUCAAAGGGUGGCGAAAGGCUGUCCUCUACUCCUCCAGUGCUCAGUCUUCAAGGAAGCAAAAGAACUUACGCCAUAAAACGUGAGCUAGGAGCCGGGGCUUAUGCACCAGUCUAUCUGGCAGAGAGCGUAGGAAACAUCGAUGCCUAUCCCCCUAACAAUGAAACGGAAGCGAGUACGAAAUUAUCUUCAGCCCUAGGCAAGCGGGAACAGAAGUUCCAGAGACAUAGGCUUGAAGCCAUUAAGUUAGAAACGGACCCUCCGAGUGCAUGGGAGUUCUAUAUGAUAAGCAUUGCACACGACCGUCUUCGCACUUCGCCCUCCUAUUUCCGCGCAUCGGAAAGCAUUGUGAAAGCUCAUGAAAUCCAUCUUUUCAAAGACGAAUCAUUUCUGAUAGAAGACUAUCAAGGACAAGGUACACUGCUGGAUCUUGUCAACAUCAUAAGAACAGAAGCCAUCACAAACACUGGAAAUGCAGAGGCCGGCAUGGACGAAGCACUUGCGAUGUUCUUCUCCGUUGAACUGCUUCGGACGGUGGAAGGACUCCAUGCUUGUGGGAUACUGCAUGGAGAUAUCAAGCCAGACAACUGCCUAGUGCGGUUGGAAGACAAGAAGAGCAGAUCAUCGCUCCCUUCACCUCCCCCAGGUGAAUCUCUUCUUGAUCUAGCAGAUGAAGAUGCUAUAGCUGAUCCUAGUGAAGUCCACUACUCGGCUCGUGGACUACGCGGUUGGAGAGAACGAGGUCUCACACUGAUUGAUUUCGGCCGGGGUGUCGACAUGAAGGCCUUUAGGCCCGACGUUCAGUUCAUAGCAGAAUGGGAAAUGAGCCAGCAUGAGUGCAACGAAGUACGUGAGAUGCGACCCUGGACAUAUCAAAUCGAUCUGUACGGAGUCGCCGUGACGAUCCACGCAAUGCUAUUCGGCAAAUACCUUGAAUCUGUCCCUGUCGACAACAACACACGCAACUCCGGUGGCGCAAUUCGUGAUUCUCUAACCGAUUUUAACGCCACUACUAAACGCUAUCGUAUUCGUGAAUCUUUCAAGCGAUAUUGGGACCGAGAGAUUUGGACAGACGUGUUCGACCUCCUACUCAACCCUGCAACAGAGCGCUGGACACAGAUGGAGCGCGCGGGUGCUUCCAACGCUGCAGUUCCAGCAUUGCCUGUUUGCCAAUCCUUGAAACACAUGCGCGAAAGAAUGGAAGCAUGGCUAGCCGUUAAUGCGGAGAAGAAAAACCUCUCUCUACAAAUCCGCAAACUAGAAGCAUACCUAUCGCGAAGAAAGGAGAGAUUAGAAAAGGAGCGUUAG